UUACACAGUAAGUGAAAGUAAGUUGCUGAAUUUUUUUUGUCUGGUAUCCCUACUAAUAUGUACGUAUUAUAUACUGUUUUAGCUGGAUUGGCUAUUUUGCCUUUGUUUCUGCACAUCAUCUUUCCUUACUUCAUGCGUGAUUUGCAAUUUGUGGUAAGGUGCAUAAAUUUCGCAAUACAAAUUCGAAAAAAACCAUGCUAUACCAUUUUGGACAGUUUUUUGGACAAGGUGAAGAAACACCCGGAAAAACCAUUUAUUGUUUUCGAGAACACAACAUACUCUUACUUGGAUGCAGAUAAACAAAGCAACAAAAUUGGCAGAAGUUUGAUGGAGUUCGCUAGUUUAAAGGAAGGUGAUACUGCAGCGCUCUUUCUCGGAAAUGAGCCAAUCUAUGUAUUCCUCUGGUUGGGACUGUCGAAAAUUGGCUGUAAAGUUGCUCUAUUAAAUAACAACAUUAGGACAAAAUCAUUGCUGCACUGCUUCUCAUGUAGUGGAGCAAAUGUGCUAAUUGCUGCAACAGAGCUGAGAGAUGCUGUUGAGGAGGUGCUGCCAGCACUGCAAGACCAGAACAUCUCAGUCUUCCUCCUCAGUGCAGAAUGUGACACGGUGGGGAUCGAAACCCUCACUGAUAAAAUCAGCCGUGCCUCCGAUGAGCCCCUGUCGCCAGACCUGCGGUCAAAAAUUACUUUGAAAAGCCCGGCAAUUUAUAUCUAUACUUCGGGCACCACAGGUCUUCCAAAGGCUGCUUUGAUUAAUCACGAGAGGAUGUGGAUGGCAUCGUUUCUUCAGCGUCUGGUCGGAGUGACCUCAGAUGAUGUGCUUUACGUUUGUCUUCCUCUGUACCAUAGCUCAGCAUUUCUCAUGGGACUUACUGCAGGGAUUGAACGGGGCUUGACAAUUAUUUUAAGACGAAAAUUUUCUGCCUCUCAGUUCUGGGAUGACUGCAGGAAAUACAAUGUUACAGUGAUACAGUACAUUGGAGAAUUAAUACGAUACCUCUGCAACACUCCAAAGAAAGCCAAUGACAGAAAUCACAAGGUUAGGCUAGCCCUGGGCAAUGGUAUACGAGCUGACGCGUGGUCAGAAUUCCUUCACAGAUUUGGAAAUGUACAUAUCAGGGAAUGUUAUGGUGCCACAGAAGGCAAUGUUGGCUUCAUAAACUAUAUGGGAAAAGUUGGUGCAAUUGGGCGGGACAUUUUUUUAUUUCGGAAACUAGUUCCCUACGCACUGAUUAAGUACGACACAGAAAGAGAGGAGCCAGUGCGGGACUCAAGAGGAUUUUGUUCGGAAGUCCCAAGAGGAGAGGCUGGCCUUUUUGUGGGGAAGAUAACAAAGACCUCACCUUUUGUUGGAUAUGCUAAGAGCAAUGAUCAGACAGAGAAGAAGAAGCUGAGAGAUGUUUUUGAAAAAGGUGACCUUUAUUUCAACAGUGGUGACCUUCUGAAGGUUGACCAGGAUGGGUUUAUCUACUUUCAGGACCGCAUCGGUGACACAUUCAGAUGGAAGGGGGAGAAUGUGGCAACCACAGAAGUUACAGAUAUUAUGAUACUGGUGGACAGCAUCGAGGAAGCCAAUGUCUAUGGAGUCAUGGUGCCAGGACAUGAGGGAAGAAUAGGAAUGGCUGCCCUCAAGUUGAAAGAUGGCCACGGAUUUGAUGGCUAUGACACAUACCAGUGCAUCAAGACCAACCUGCCCAGUUAUGCAAGACCUCGCUUUAUUAGGAUUCAGAAUUCUCUGGUGGUCACUGGAACAUUCAAGCAGAUUAAAGGGAAAUUGGCAAAGGAUGGUUUCAACCCAGCGGCGAUACAGGAUCCACUAUAUAUCCUGGAUGAGACUAAAGGCUACAUUCCAAUGACACAGGAGAUGUACAAUUCAAUCAUUUCCGGUAGAAUCAGGUUGUGAAAUGGUUAUGGUGAAAUUAAACAUUCAGAAAUGUUUAUGUGUAAGUUUGUGUAAUCAUGCAACUUGUUUUAUGAAUCCUAUUAAAUUCAAAUGUUUCAUUUUAUACAUGUUAAUAUGUAUAAAGUAUUAUCUAUAAAUUACUCAAAUGAUUGUAGUUACUCAAUUAGAAUUUCAAAUGCAGAUGUAUCUAAGUAAAUUGAGUACAUUAGCAUGGUGCAUACACCGCAUUCCAAAUUAUUAUGCAAAUUGUAUUUAAGUGUCAUAAAGAUUACAUUUUUUGGUUUUCAAUUGAACUCAUGGAUGGCAUUGUGUCUCAGGGCUCUUUGGAUCACUGAAAUCAAUCUCAGACACCUGUGAUAAUUAGUUUGCCAGGUGAGCUCAAUUAAAGGAAAAACUACUUAAGAAGGACGUUCCACAUUAUUAAGCAGACCACCAUUUUCAAGCAAUAUGGGAAAGAAAAAGGAUCUCUCUGCUGCCGAAAAGCGUGAAAUAAUAAUGCCUUGGACAAGGUAUGAAAACCUUAGAUAUUUCACGAAAACUUAAACGUGAUCAUCGUACUGUUAAGAGAUUUGUGGCUGAUGAUUCAGAGCACACACGGGCUUGUGCAGAUAAAGGCACAAUGAGGAAGGUUUCUGCCAGACAAAAACAUCGGAUUAAGAGAGCAGCUGCUAAAAUGCCAUUACAAAGCAGCAAACAGGUAUUUGAAGCUGCUGGUGCCUCUGGAGUCCCGCGAACAUCAAGGUGUAGGAUCCUCCAGAGGCUUGCAGUUAUGCAUAAACCUUCUAAUCGGCCACCCCUAACCAAUGCUCACAAGCAGAAACGGCUGCAGUGGGCCCAGAAAUACAUGACUAAUUUUCAAACAGUCUUGUUCACUGAUGAGUGCCGUGCAACCCUGGAUGGUCCAGAUGGAUGGAGUAGUGGAUGGUUGGUGGACGGCCACCAUGUCCCAACAAGGCUGCGACGUCAGGUGGCGGGGCCUGUUUUGGGCCGGAAUCAUGGGGAGAGAGCUGGUCGGCCCCUUUAGGGUCCCUGAAGGUGUGAAAAUGACCUCUGAAAAGUAUGUGUUUCUGACUGACCACUUUCUUCCAUGGUACAAAAAAAAGAACCAUGCUUUCCGUAACAAAAUCAUCUUCAUGCAUGACAAUGCACCAUCUCAUGCUGCAAGGAAUACCUCUGCAUCAUUGGCUGCUAUGGGCAUAAAAGGAGAGAAACUCAUGGUGUGGCCCCCAUCCUCCCCUGACCUCAACCCUAUUGAGAACCUUUGGAGCAUCCUCAAGCAAAAUAUCUAUGAGAGUGGGAGGCAGUUCACAUCCAAACAGCAGCUCUGGGAGGCUAUUCUGACAUCCUGAAAAGGAAUUCAAGCAGAAACUCUCCAAAAACUCACAAGUUCAAUGGAUGCAAGUAUUGUGAAGCUGCUAUCAAAUAAGGGGUCCUAUGUUAAAAUGUAACUUGACCUGUUAAGAUGUUUUUGAUUUAAAUAGCUUUUGAUUUCAGUAAAUAUGACCUCCUAUCUUUAAAACCUAUAAAAUGUUUUGAAACUCUGUUGUGCGUAAUAAUUUGGAACAGUGCAUUUUAAGUUUUUUAUUUUUGAAAAAAAUACUGUUAUUAUUGGGAGGUUUGUUCAGUAACAUUCGAAUUAUUCCCUAACAGUUGAUGACCUUAAAAUUAUGCUGACUUUUAGUCAUUUGCAUCGACUAUUUAGGAAUAUCAGAGAAAAAUAUCAUUUGCAUAAUAAUUUGGAACACAGUGUAGAAAUACAGGUUUUGAAUCAACUACAUUUAAUUUAAAAAUGUUUAAUUUAAAAAAAUCAAAUUGUGAGUUUUCUUGUGAUGGUCAAUGUCUUUGGGCUACCCAUGAUUGUCUAAUUGUGCAUUAUGUGUCCGUCAGCAUGACAUGUUUUGGAGAAGGUCUGUUUGAUAAUGAAUAUGAACUUUGGUAGAAAUCAGCAAGUGAAAAAAUAAAGUUU